ACCCACUGCCAAUCCACUCUCUAAACCUCAAUGACUACCCAUACUCCCGCCCCACUCAAUCUCGCCAACGUCCAAGGCGACAUUUUGGCUGGAUUGCCAAAGAAGACCCAGACCUACGUCUUAUUCGAGAUUACGGAUGCCCAGGCAUUCCGUACCGCCCUCACUCAUCUGAUACCCCUCAUCACGUCAACUGAGCAGGUCAAGAAGGAUCGCCAUUCGAUUGAUGAGAACAAGAAGACAGCAGCUCACAGCGGCCAUCCGCCUCCACUCUUGGACAUAGUCGGCGUGAACGUUUCAUUCUCUCAACUCGGGUUGAACAAGCUUGGGAUUAAAGAUGAUAUCAAAGACGCGGUAUUCAAGGCUGGACAGCUCAGUGACGCUCAAAACCUAGGCGACCCCGGGACCACAAACGCAUCGAAGAAGUUUGUUCCUGACUGGAUUGAUGCUUUCAAGAAGGGUGUACAUGGCGUCUUCAUCGUGUCUGGCUCUUGCCACGAGUUGGUGAGCAAGAAGGUUGAGGAGAUCGAGCAUAUCUUUGGUGUACACGGGCACCACGCGAGCUACACCCAACUCUUGUCAAUUGUUGGGGAUGUCCGACCUGGCAAAGAGAAAGGUCACGAACACUUUGGUUUCUUGGAUGGUAUCUCACAGCCCGCCGUUAAAGGAAUUGAUACCGACCCGAACCCCGGCCAAGAGACAAUUCGCCAAGGCAUCAUGCUCCUGGGACGUGAUGGUGAUGACGUUGCAGCACAGCGCCCAUCGUGGGCAUUGGACGGCAGUUUCCUCGCCUUCAGAUACCUUUUCCAGCUUGUUCCCGAGUUCAACAAAUUCCUGCACGACAACCCUAUCGACCUUCCGGGUUUGACCCGUGCAGAAGGUAGCGAGCUUCUUGGCGCGCGGUUCAUGGGAAGGUGGAAGAGCGGUGCCCCCAUCGAUAUCUCUCCUCUCAAGGACGAUCCUGCCCUCGCCACGGACCCGAAGAAGAACAACAACUUCCGUUUCCAAGGAGAGGCCAACAGCCAGACCCGAUGCCCAUUCUCUGCCCACGUCCGCAAGACGAACCCCCGUGCGGAUCUCGAGGACACUAAGCCCCCUAAUAGCACCGAGAAUCGCAGGAUCAUUCGCAGAGGCGUUCAGUUUGGCCCUGAACUCACCGCGGAGGAGCAGCACGCAAACAAGACAAUCCACGGGCGGGGUCUUAUCUUUGCCGCUUAUCAAGCUAACAUCGCUAAUGGCUUCCAGUUCAUUCAGCACAGCUGGGCGAACAACCAGAAAUUCAUUUUUGGAACGACUGUGGAGCCUGGCUUUGACCCCAUCAUCGGGCAAGCUGGCUCUGACGGAGCCCGCACGGUGUCAGGCUCUAACCCCAAAGCUCAGGCCAAUAUGCUCACAUUGCCGACUCAAUGGGUUGUGCCCAAGGGAGGAGAGUACUUCUUCUCGCCCUCGAUCCCGGCCCUGCGUGACACUUUUGCGCUCGGCGUUCACAUCGAAUCUUACUGAUCGAUACCUUACAAUUAUGAUGGACAAUCUCCUUCCUGUCUUUCCAAGCUUCCAAUCCCUUGUAUGUGUUAAGGCUCAAGUAUAUUUGGCAUUUCUUCCUUGUUUCAUCUCAUCUUCUUGACGACGUAUUAUGUCCAUGUAAAAGUAAUGCUUCCAGAACCAUAUGCAUCGUCAUGUUGUACCGACAUCGUCUCAUUGAUUUUUGCAAGUGUAUUACGAGUCGCAUCGAGCUCGAAUGCCGGGGAAUCUGGAUUACCUGCAGGCAUUCACGUACGCGAGAAAAGUCUUGGAGAGAGGACGUCGAUAGAUAAAAGAGCAGGAAAAGAAAGAUCAUAAACAUAUCAUGAGAUGAUCGUUAGACUCGUGCAAGCAGACAGACGUAUAGGAUGAGGUAUCGCAAAAAAAAAUGGCGGAAUCGACGAAGAUGGAUGAGCACGGUAUAAUCAGAUGAUAGAUAGAUAUCAAGCGCGAAGGUAGCGUCGAGCACCAAGAGCGAAGAGCAAGAAAUGCGGACAAGCCAGAGGAAAACACCCCGAAAAAAAUCCCCCCAAGGGUCGAAAAGUCCGAUGUCCAGAUCAAAGAAGCAUCAAACAGAGAGUGACUGCACAGUCCGAUGUCACUGGCCCUGUCAGAUUCUAUGUGUGGUAUCCGUGGUCUUGUUCAUGGGUCCGCAGCGCUUGGAGAUGACUAGGUGAGCUCCAACUCCCUCCCCACGCGCUACGGCUGCUUCCGCUGCCAUCCUGAACACUCAGCCCACCGGUCCAUGGCACAUGGGGGAAGCGCAUCACUUCGCCUGUAGAAGGAUCAACUACCGACGUAUGCGUGGUGACGCUGGACGACGUCUGGCCGGUGGAAGUGGUGCUCGACGAGGUGACGGUCGCGCUAAUCACGGGCGGAAGCACAGGAAUUGCUGGUAUGCGCUGAGGAGAGGGUGAAGAGGCGUCCCGACGCGUGGGCAUCAUGCUCGAGCGGCCGAUAGCAGAUAUCGGCGGAGAUAUCUCGCCCGGAUCUGCGCGAUGACGACGACGUCCAUCCGAUGAGAUCGAGCCGGAGUGCAUCAGGGAGGCACCGCUGCUACCUGAUCGUCCUUGCGAAUGCCCGGAACCCGUGGACAGGGUGUGCCGCGAUGAAGGUGCCGAGCCCGAUGCACUGAGUGGGCUAAGGUGAGAGCGCAUUGAGUGCAGAGAGGCUUCCUCGGAAGCAUUGCGUUCUCGAGGAUGCACGAGGACUGGGGGCGUGCCAAAAGUUGUGCGCCUCUCCUGGACAUGACCUGACCCUCCUCGCAUUUGCCUCCAGCCCUCUCCGGCCGACGGCGGCGCCUCUUCGAGGAUAUCAAGGGAGAUUCCAGGCACACUUCCAAAGCUGCCGGAGCCCAACGAUGCCGGGCUCUCUCCGGACCCUGAAUCUCGCCAUGCACUGGGAUUCGGCAUGGGCGCAAGUCCAGGUGGGAAAGAGGCCUUCCCGUCGCCGGAACGC